GGAUGCAUGUUAUAUUAUCAUAUUUCAUUUAUUUAUUUAUAGAGAAAUUCCAUAAUCGUUGAAGAAUUAGUAUCUGAUACUUUUUAUGAAGAAGUGUUACCAAAAUUAAGUAAAACAAUGGCAGAAAAUCUGGGUUUAAAAGAAUGGCCAGUAAAGAAAAUCCGUAGAUGUACAUCAAGCACAGAUGCAAAAAUGACAAUCCAAUAUACGUUUCCUUCAAGUUCUAAGAUUUUGGACAUAGCUGAAGAACUGUCAAAGAAUUCAAAAGAUGAAAACAUAAACACUCUUUUGAGAUUGUUGUUUGCGGUGGUCAAGCUUGUUAAACAAAUCCAUAACAUGAAGUGGUUAAUGGUAGAUUUGACUGGGAAAUAUGUUUUUAUUGUUGACAAGCAAGAAAUACCAAAGGCACUUAUGGUUAGAAUUGGCAGGAUGCAUAGCUUGCCACAAGAAUGUGAUAUCCAAGAAGAUAGCAUUAUAGUCAAUCAGGACCUACAAGACAUGCUAUAUUGGCUUCCCAAGGAAGUAAUCGGACACAACGAACUAUCGUGUGGCAGUGACGUUUACACGAUGGCAAUGCUUUUCUAUGAAGUUUUCUCCGUUCUCUCUGGCCGGGAUCGUCUAGACUGUGUGCCAUUUGGGAACAAACACAAAUCCAAGCUGUUGGAACAUUUAAUUGAUGGACAUGUUCCUGAAAAACCGGAACUAUGUCCAAGUUGGUUGUAUGAGGAAGUUAUGUUGAAAUGUUGGGACCUUGACAGAACCAGUCGUCCACAUGUUGAUGAGAUAAUUUCACUGUUUUCAAGCAAGUUAGAUUCAUCGGAUGCAUCAUUGACCUCAGCAUCAGGGUCUACAUGUAGUUACAAGGGGACGGAUCAGAGUAGUCCACACAGGGGUGAGGGGUACUUGGACGUUGUAGCAAAUUCGUCAGUUAGUUCUCAGGAUCACGAUGACUAUCACAAGCCACUAGAGGACGAUGAAGGGCAUUAUGAAAUCAUCAAUGAAAAUUUUCUCCAACAUAAUAAUUAAUAACGCUCAGUUUUCAUACAGAGAGAAAAAGAGAAUUAAUUUUGAAUACAGUAGUACAAGAUCGACGUAAAGUAACUAGUUUUAAAAUGCAUUUUCAUAUAGAAAAAAUGACAUGACGAACAAUGAUAGUUUGAUUUUACAAUGUUUUUAUUACAAAUAUUU